AUGCGCCGUCCGUCCGUCCGUCCGUCCGUCGGUUGUCGUCCGUCAGUCGUCGGGGAGAACGCCAUGGAAUCGCCCGCGCUCGGCCUGGCUGCCGUCACGGUCUCGGCCGUACUCCAGCAAGCCUACUUUUCCCUGCAGGUGAUCGGCGCCCGGAGAAAGUUCCGCGUGUCCCCUCCGUGCACAAGCGGCCCCCCCGACUUCGAGCGCCUCUUCCGGGCUCAAGCCAAUUGCUCGGAAUACUUUCCUAUGUUUGUCGCCCUCUUGUGGACAUCCGGAAUCUUCUUCAACCAAGGUGUAUCGUGCGCGUGUGGCGCGCUGUACCUGUACGCACGUCUGCGUUACUUUCACGGUUACGCCGAGUCAGCGCAACAACGUUUGCGGCCUCUCUACGUGAGCGCGGCCCUCCUUUGGCUCCUGGUGGCGUUCUCCUGCGUCGGCAUCCUGUCUUCCUUUUGGAGACUAUGCUUCCACGCCAACGGACGCCAUCCGGCCUGAUCAUCUACGGACGAGGCUCAAAUUUCAAUCAAUAAACGUGGCGGUCUUAUUCCACCGUUUGCCUUUUUUUCUCUUUUUAAAUGUCAAACAUUUAACCGUUUUAUGCUGGCUUGUUCAUAAAUGGAGACACUUCUUGCAACGCAGAUGUUAACUGUAGUUUUACUUUGAAACACACCGUAGAACUGGUGGUACAAUUCAAUAAACGCACAUAUACAAAUGAAAACACGCCUGCCCCUUUAAUUAUAAAUUUUACUAUUUUAAGUGGUAAGCAAACACACACACAAAAAGUUGCGCAUCAUGUACAUUUUCAAUAAACUUUAGCAAGACAACAGCUCCUUCUAUUGGCGAAACAAAAUAUUUCAGGUAAAC